CUUUGGUCAACAAGCUCAAGUUAAUGGAUCUGGGUACUAUGUAUAUAAAAAAACCUAGCUUGAGUCUCUUUUCAGUGACAUCUUUGCCUUUCUAAUCAGAGAUUUUCUUCCUCAGAGAUUUUGGCCUAGAUUUGCAAAAUGAUGACCAUAUCUUUGAUUUGGGGGAUUGCUAUAGCAGCAUGCUGUUGUCUAUGGCUUAUUCUUGGAAUAAGGAGAAGGCAAACGGGUGAACCACCUCUAGAGAAUGGGUUGAUUCCAUACCUGGGCUGUGCGCUGCAAUUUGGUGCCAAUCCUCUUGAGUUCCUCAGAGCAAAUCAAAGGAAACAUGGUCAUGUUUUUACCUGCAAACUAAUGGGAAAAUAUGUCCAUUUCAUCACAAAUCCCUUGUCAUACCAUAAGGUGUUGUGCCAUGGAAAAUACUUUGAUUGGAAAAAAUUUCACUUUGCUACUUCUGCGAAGGCAUUUGGGCACAGAAGCAUUGACCCAAAGGAUGGAAAUACCACUGAAAACAUAAACAACACUUUCAUCAAAACCCUGCAGGGCAAUGCCUUGAAUUCCCUCACGGAAAGCAUGAUGGAAAACCUCCAACGUAUCAUGAGACCUCCAGUCUUCUCUAACUCAAAGACCGCUGCCUGGGUAACAGAAGGGAUGUAUUCCUUCUGCUACCGAGUGAUGUUUGAAGCUGGGUAUUUAACUAUCUUUGGCAGGGAUCUUACAAGGCAAGACACACAGAAAGCACAUAUUCUAAACAAUCUUGACAACUUCAAGCAGUUCGACAAAGUCUUUCCAGCCCUGGUAGCAGGCCUCCCCAUUCACAUGUUCAGGACCGCGCACAGUGCCCGGGAGAAACUGGCAGAGAGCUUGAGGCACGAGAACCUCCAAAAGAGGGAAAGCGUCUCAGAACUGAUCAGACUGCGCAUGUUUCUCAAUGACACUUUGUCCACCUUUGAUGACCUGGAGAAGGCCAAGACGCACCUCGUGGUCCUCUGGGCAUCGCAAGCAAACACCAUUCCAGCGACUUUCUGGAGUUUAUUUCAAAUGAUUAGGAACCCGGAAGCAAUGAAAGCAGCUACUGAAGAAGUGAAAAGAACAUUAGAGAAUGCUGGUCAAAAAGUCAGCUUGGAAGGCAAUCCCAUUUGUUUGAGUCAAACACAACUGAAUGACCUGCCAGUAUUAGAAAGCAUAAUCAAGGAAUCACUGAGGCUUUCCAGUGCCUCCCUCAACAUUCGGACAGCUAAGGAGGAUUUCACUUUGCACCUUGAGGACGGUUCCUACAACAUCCGAAAAGAUGACAUCAUAGCUCUUUACCCACAGUUAAUGCACUUAGAUCCAGAAAUCUACCCAGACCCUUUGAUUUUUAAAUAUGAUAGGUAUCUUGAUGAAAACGGGAAGACAAAGACUACCUUCUACUGUAAUGGACUCAAAUUAAAGUAUUACUACAUGCCCUUUGGAUCAGGAGCUACAAUAUGCCCUGGAAGAGUGUUUGCUAUCCACGAAAUCAAGCAAUUUUUGGUUUUGAUGCUUUCUUAUUUUGAACUGGAACUUGUCGAGGGCCAAGAUAAAUGUCCGCCUUUGGACCAGUCCCGGGCAGGCUUGGGCAUUUUGCCGCCAUUAUAUGACAUUGAGUUUAAAUAUAAAUUCAAGCAUUUGUGAAUACAUGGCUGAAAUAAGAGGACACUAGAUGAUAUUACAGGACUGCAGAACACCAUCACCACACAGUCCCUUUGGAUAAAUGCAUUUAGUGGUGGUAGAAAUGAUUCACCAGGUCCAAUGUUGUUCACCAAUGCUUGCUUGUGAAUCUUAAUAUUUUGGUGACAGUUUCCAGAUGGUGUCGCAGACUGUGCUAGUGAAAAGAACUAGUUUCUAGGAGCACGAUAAUUUGUUUUCAUCUGUAUGAGUCCAUGAAUGUUCAUAUAGCCAGGGGUUGAAGUUUAUUAUUUUCAGAGGAAAACACCUUUUUUUUUUCCCCCCCCAAAAUGAAGAUACACAUUCCAGCCAGGUAUUGUAGCAGGCACCUGUAGUCUUAGCUACUCGAGAGGCCAAAGAAGGAGGAUGGCUUGAGCCCAGGAGUUCAAGACUAGCCUGGACAGCUUAGUGAGACCCCGUCUCUAAAGAAAAGAUACGUAUUCUAAUUGGCAGAUUGUUUUUUCCUAAGGAAACUGCUUUAUUUUUAUAAAACUGCCCAACAAUUAUGAAACAUGUUCAAAUUCACGUUCUAGUGAAACUGCAUUAUUUUUUUACUAGAUGUUGGGGUUCUUCAGGUGUGAUCAUAUAUCAUAAAGGAUAUUUCAAAUGAUUAUGAUUAGUUAUGUCUUUUAAUAAAAAGGAAAUACUUUUCAACUUUUUAUAUAUCCAAAAUUCAGGGCUUUAAAAAUGAUUAUUUUGAUUUCCCAAAAACACUAAAGGUGGUUUUAAUAUUUUCCCUUUAUGUUUUAACUUAUUGUUGCUGAAAACUCUAUGUCCAGCUUUAACUAUCUUCUCUGUAUUUUUAUUUCAUUUCAUAUUAAUGAGAAGAGUUUUUUUCAGAGAUUAAAAAAGGCAGUUUUUCUGUUAUUGUUAAAUACACACUAUCAAUGAACAAAUGUAGCUUUUAUGUGAUCUGUUUUAAAGUUAAAACCGGAUGGAAAUAGCCGUUUGAAAGCUUUGGUUAUGAAACAUGCGGAGUGUAUUAAGUACGGCUUGACAUUAUGUUUUAUUUAAAUGCUUUUUAUCGCUAAAUGACUUGCAGAUGAAAAAAAACUAAGGUGGCCUGAGAGUUUAAAUGCUGUGUACAACAAUGCUUUGAUAAUAUAUUUUAAGUAUGAGUUAUCAGCUAUAUGUCAAUUGAUAUUUCUGUGCAGUAUUUAUAUGUAAAUUAUAUUUACCUUUUUGCUUAUUUUAUAAAUAUUAAGAAAGUAUUCUAACAUUUCAUAAUUUUGAAAUGAUUCAUCUUUCAGAAAUAAAAGUAUGAAUCUAUGUGUA